AUAUAUAUAGUAUCCAACGAAAAGCCACCGCACACUGUACGAACGGGAUUUCUAGGUUCCGCCGGAUCCUUUUCCCUCCCCCACUAAACCCAUUUCCCACCUGUAACCACCAAACAGACGCAAGCUCCACUUCACGCCGACCACCACCCUUCGCCUUCUCACUCCUCCCUCCAAACAACCGCCCAAACAAUCCACAAAUCUCUCAUCUUUUUUACCAAUUUCUCCAAAAAUCCCAAAAACCCACCUCACCUCCAUGAAAAGAGCUCGCUCUCAAUGGCUCGUGAUUUUGACCGCCACUUCCCUCCUCUUCCUCUUCCUCCUCACCCUAACUCUCGCCGGACACGGUAAAUACUCCUCCUCCGCCGCCGCCGAUUUUUACUUCGAGCAACGCGAAUUCACUACCCUCGACCGGAAUUUCGAAGACGUGACAGAGAACACCGACGACGAAAACAGCCACCGGUUGGGGCUUCCGAAACUCCCGAGAUUCGCCUACCUCAUAUCGGGCUCCAAGGGCGAUGGUCCCCAGCUGCGGUGGUUCCUUCAGGCGGUUUACCACCCGAGGAAUUACUAUUUACUCCACCUAUCCGAAGCUUCUGAUGUUGAGUGGCUCGAGCUGGCGAAGUACGUGAAAUCGGAAGGCACGAUUCGGGAGUUUCGGAACGCGAUGGUGAUCGGGAACGCCAAUUUGGUCAGCCAAGGCCCCACCAUGACUGCCGCCACGCUCCACGCCAUUGCGAUUUUGCUGACGGGCGAGGAUUGGGAUUGGUUUAUUAAUCUCGGCGCCUCGGAUUAUCCUCUCAUGUGCCAAGACGAUCUGUUGCAUAUAUUUUCGUUCUUGCCAAGGGAGCUCAAUUUCUUGGAGCACACAAGCAAUAUUGGUUGGAAAGAAAAUCAAAGAGCAAGGCCUGUUAUUAUUGUUCCUGGUUUGUACCACUCUAUGAAAUCCGGUGUGUAUUGGGCGAGAGAGAGAAGAUCAAUUCCCGCUUCGUUCAAGUUAUACAUGGGAUCGACGUGGGUGGUGCUGACGAAGUCAUUUCUCGAAUUCUGUGUUUGGUGGGACAAUCUUCCCCGUACUUUCCUCAUGUACUACACCAAUUUCUUGUCAUCCCCAGAGUGCUACUUCCACACUGUUGCCUGCAGCCAUAAGGACUACCAGAACACAAGCGUGAAUCAUAACCUGCAUUAUAUAAGGCGGGAUAGCCUAGGGGUGGGCAAACGGGUACAGGAACCGCGGGUCGGGGCGGGUAAUUAAGGUUCGGGGCGGGUACGGGCCGGUUCCAAUUAUUUAAUAGGGGAAACGGGGCGGGCCGGGCCGGGCCCUUGAUAUUUUAGGGACGGGCCGGUUCCAAAUGUAUAGAAAAACGGGGCCCCGGACCGACCCGUUUUUAGACCAAAUGGACGGACGAGAUUGAAAAGGAACAUAACGUCCAAUCUUCACCGUUGAUUUUACCCUAGUCUACUCUCUUUCUUUCCUCUCUGAUCGACUUCGACUCCUCUAAAUCUGUCUUCUUCGGUUCUUCCGCUCUUCCGCAGCUCCGCUGUUCCGUCUUCGACACUCUCCGUCUCUCGCCGUCAUGCUCUGCCGUCUGUGACUCAAGUCACUCAACUGUCUGUCCUCUCUGAUCGAGUAUUCUUCGAUUCUUCUCCUCGACGACAUCGGACAUCCUACCCAGACUUAGAGAACCCAGGCACCGCGGUCCCAUACCACCCAUCUUCUCGUUCUCCUUCUUUCGUCCCCAACGACAUUACUGCCGUCGCGACCACGAACACUCCAUCGCCGCCGCCAGUUCAGGUGGCUCGGGCUUCCGCAUUCUCCUUUCCUUUGGACUCGUAUACGGAAGCAUCUUCUCAACUGCUCAAGUAUCUCCAGACUCCAGGUAGUCCGAGAGCAGAGAGGGAUGCAGUCCGAGACGGAGCAGGUGCCACCAGAGUCGGAAAGCAUGGAGGUGUUGCUUGUGAGGAUGUUGGCCAUGGUGAGAAACGUGGCGGUGCCGGCGCGGGGCUCGGUGGAGAAGCUGUGGUGCGACAACGAAGGCAGCAUGGCGGUGGUUCUGGAGUCCUUUCCGUAGCGGUUUCGCAAAAAAAAAAAAAACCAAGGACCGGCCCGUUUCAAACGGGCCGGGUUCGGUCCGAUUCCUGUAAUGAAAUAUGAUGUACCCGACUCGGCCCGGCCCGUUUCUUUUAACCUCCGGUUCCUUGAAAAUUAGGUCCGGCCCGGCCCGUGCCCAGCCCUAGGAUAGCCCACUGAAGGCAAAUCCAAUCAUUCUAACGUUGGAACAUUACAACGACAUGGUCCAAAGUGGAGCUCCUUUUGCCGGCACAUUUGCCAGGGACGAUUGUGAAA